AUGGCGGCGAACCGGGUGGGGCGGCGGCAGGGCCGGGGGGGCUCGGCCGGCCCGGGGGGGCUCUCGGUGGGUCGGGGGUCCCCGGGGGGGCUCUCCCCGGGCCCCCGGGGGGGUUCCCCGGGCCGGGGGGUGUCCCCGGGCCGCAGCCCCGGGGUGCAGCGGAGAUCGGCGCGGGUCACGGUGCGCUACAACCGGCAGGAGCUGCAGCGGCGGCUGGACACGGAGCGCUGGAUGGACGGCAGGAUCGGGGAGCUCUACCGGGGACAGGAGCAGGAGAUGCCGGACGAGCUGAACAUCGAUGAACUCCUGGAGCUGGACACGGACGAGGAGCGAGCCCGGAAAAUCCAG